CUUCCAGAAACACCAAGCUUGUGCACUCCAGGUUGCACGAUUCAGGCCUCUGUUUCGAAAAAGCAGGGCACGAGAAAAGGAGAUAAGAAAGUAGCGGCUUUUGAAGGACAUGUGACAAAACUGGUCAGAAGCGCUACAAACCUCUUUAGUUGACGCAGUGAGAGUGGGGCGACAGGACUAACUGAAGGCAUGAAAGAAUCGUAAAGGCCAUCUUGAUCUGUAAUGUCUGGGUUUGAAAUUGCAACUUUUUGGACGCUCUGAGAUUUUGCAAGGCAAAUGGCAAGGUGCCUGACUGGUUCUUGACCUCAGCCACCUCUGCCACUUAGUGUUCCACUCAAAACAAGUGCUUUUCAUCCAGGGCGUCAGCUGGAGCUUGCACUGAAUGACAACAAGCCAACAUGGAUCCCAGAAAACAGGGUCAUGCAGGCUCUGGCUCCAGGAGUUCCAAGCAAUUACCAAGGGUGGUGUGUCAGCAUUUCCAGAGGGGAACCUGCAAAUAUGGUGACACAUGCUUCAAAUCUCACACUCGUGAUCCUGGUUCUACGUCACAGGCGGGAGCCUCCUUCUAUCAAAGACAGGCCCAAAGCAGGGACUUCUUGGAAGUAGCUUUGAACCAAGCAGAUCCUUUCGUAGGCAGACCCGAGAUGAUGGAGAGGUUUGUGAGAGCCGCUGCCGAGAAGGAAGACGUAGCUCAGCUGCUUCUCUUGUUGGGAGACGAUGCAAAGUACGGGCGCAAGCACAUCAGAAGCAUCGCACAAUUUGCAGCGGAAAGCUCAGCCAGUGUCUCUGGCACAGGCCACUUCGAAAGGCUGAUCCUUCCUCUGCUCAAACUUCUCACCUCCCCGGGGUUCACCAACUCUCCGCUCACAGCCUGUAGCACCAAAGUCUAUGCUACUCUCUCCGAGGUCGAGGGACUCCAGGGCUACCUCAUAGACAGACUCAAGGAACUAGUUCUAGCCAGCGAGGGAAGAAGCAGCCCUAGCCAAGCACAGCAAGCAGAGCUCGAACCAGCGGUUGAAGCUGCUCAGACUGUUUCAGCAUACUUUCUGCAGAGCUGCAUGCUUUUCAGGGACAAGGUGCAUCAAGACCGGAUGCAGCAGCACGUGCGAGAUCUUGCGAACCUGGUGGACCAGUGCGUCACAGAUCUGAGGCCGCCAGGACACCUUGUGCGCCGCUUACAAGGCCCGCUGGAAAUCCUGCUGCGUAUGGUGGGCCUGGCCGACGAAGCCGAAGCGAGGUUCUCAAAGCAACAACAGCAGCUCGCGCAGAAGUCAGCGGCUCCCUCCACCGUCACGCAUGUAAAGCGCCGGUCACAAGGCCCGCUGGAGGUUCUGCUGCGUCUGCUGGGACUGGCCAACGAAGCCGACGCGAGUUUCUCGAAGCAGCAACAAAACCAAGCCGGACCUUCAUCAACUCCUAUCGCCGCCUUGCCCGACCUCGGCGUACCAGAAGACGGUCCCGGGCACCUAAGCGAAACCGGAGAGCCUCGACACGAUAACGACUUCGAAGAUUUUCGCGCCAUCCUCGUUGCCCCCACCCCCGCCGAGGUCCUCUCCAACCGGGAUCCCUUUCUGCCGGCCAACGUGCGCCCGGGGCUGCCGGGCAGCCAGCACCAUUUGCCUCGGGGGACUGUCGACCGGCACCUCGACGUGCACUUCCGCCUGCUUAGGCAGGAUCUGAUGGGGCCCCUUCACGACAAGACCGAUGGGGCGGGGGUGAACCAGGUGGAUGUGAUUCAUUACGACGAUGUGAGAGUGGAGUCGGUGAAAGGCAACGCGCACGGCGCCUGUUUCGUGCUGAGCUUCAAGGAGCUUUCGGGGGUCGGAAAGGGGAAACAACGCCGGUUGGAGUUUUGGGAGAACAGCUCGCGGCUCGAGUUCGGGUCGCUGGUGUGCAUCUUGCGCGCCGGCGUCGGCGCCGGAAACGCCCUCGGUCUAGUUUUCGCGACCGUCACGGAGAGGGACCCGAAGCAGCUGGCGGAGAGUCGGCCGUGCAUCGGCGUCCGUUUGUGCAACAGCCGGGAUGAGCACUCUGCCGGCGAGUUCAUCGCAGCGCUUCAGUCCAGAAACCAAACGGGGGGCGGGCAAGCGGACUCGGGGGCCAUUUUAGUAGAGGCUUCCGGGAGCUUCUUCUCAUACGAACCCACCCUGAAGGCUCUCCAGAGACUGACGGAGGGCAAUUUCCCCUUCUCGCGCUACAUAUGCCGGCAGCCCAACGAUGGCGAAGUUAAUGUAAGCGCUCCUGCUUAUCUGACGGGGACGACGUCUUAUGACCUCAGCUUCUUGGCGGGGGGUUCGACCGGUGUAACGGAGCAGUCCCGUCGAGAACUAGAAAACGUCCCGGUUGGAAGGCAGGGCGGUUUUCCAACCGGGUUGCUGGUGAAGACGACGUCCCUGGACGAGCCCCAGGCGCGCGCGCUCGCGGCCGCUCUUACCGAGGAGCUGGUUCUGAUCCAAGGGCCUCCUGGCACGGGAAAGACUUUUCUGGGCAUCAAGAUCGUGCAAGCGCUCCUCCGCAACAGCGGCUCCGCGCCCCGCGGCCGCGUCGCACCCCUCGCUGGCACCAAGCCGGCCUUAGGACCCAUUCUCUGCGUCUGCUACACAAACCACGCGCUCGACCAAUUCCUGGAAGGUCUGCUAAAAGCGGGGGUCCAAAAGCUGGUCCGCGUGGGGGGGCGCAGCAAAUGCGAGGCCCUGGCCCCCUUCAACCUUCACGAGCUCCGGCGGAAUGCGGGUUCCAAGGCCCGGGAGCAGAGUCGGAAAGAGGCCGAGUGCUUGGGGCAGAUUAGAAGGUACGAGGAGUCGUUCGCGCAGACGUCCGCACUGUCCGCGCGCGCGUUCCUGCACUGGUCCGACGUUUCGGACCUGAUCGAGAUGGAGGCCCCCGGGCUGUACACGUCGCUGAGCCGAGGAGCGGCCGAUGAGGAUUCGGAGGGGUUUAUCACGGAGGGGCACUUUUGGGACCGGUGGCUCGUCAACCCGGGGCAGAAACGAGCGGCAGUCAGGGCCCCCCGGAAAGAACCCGACCUGGUCAAGCCAAACCCGUUUGCCAUUCUGGGGGGGUUGGGCGAGUGCGGGCUUUUGAAGGGGGAGGAAAAUGUCCACGUCGAGGGCGCGGCAGACGCCGCAGAGGUGGGAGAAAAGAUGCAGGCAAUGCGUUUGAAAGGCGUCUCGGGAGUGGGAGAACACGGGAGCGGAGGAUCAACGGGGCCGCGUGCAAAGGGGGAUCCCUCUAAAAAGCGAGUCAAAAAGCCCCUAUCCAACCGGCCGGUGGAAGUUCUUCUACGCGAAAGGGACGCGUGGAGCCUAAGUAUGAGGGAACGAAGGAAGUUGCACGAUCGUUGGCAGCAGGAGCGAUUGAGAGUCGGGCGUGAGCAGCUUCUCGCGGGAAUUAGGCGCUACGAGGAGCUACGGCACGAGCUGCGCCAGACCUGGGAUCUGACCGACUUGCGCAUCCUGCAAGGGGCGCGGAUCGUGGGGAUGACGACCACGGGCGUCGCCAAGCAGCAGCAGCUGAUCCAGGCGCUCGGGCCCAGGGUCAUCGUGGUCGAGGAGGCCGCCGAAGUGCUGGAGGCGCACGUGCUGACGUCACUGUCAUCGAGGACGGAGCACGUUAUCCUGAUCGGCGACCAGGAGCAGCUGCGGCCAAAGACGGAGGUCUACGAGCUGUCCGUCGCGUCGCGCCGCGGCUACAACCUGGACGUCUCGCUCUUCGAGCGCCUGAUUGCUGACGUCAACUUCCCGGUCUACACGCUGACGACGCAACGUCGCAUGGCUCCCGCAAUCUCCAACCUGGUCCGGCAAACGGUUUACCCGACCUUGAAAGAUGCACCGAACGUAAUGCGGUACGGACCGGUCCCCGGGAUGUUCCACAACCUGUUCUUCUGGGACCAUGACCACGCGGAGAGGAGCCGAGACGCGGAGUCCAUAUCGUUCGCCAACCGAGCUGAAGCGGAGAUGGUGGUGGGGCUUGUGGCGUAUCUCCUCCGCCAGGGUAAGGCGGUCGGCGAGAUCACGGUCCUGACGCCCUACCUCGGCCAGCUGCGCCUGCUACGCGAACUCCUGUCGAAGCAGGUGGUGGUUCAAACCGAGGAGCGGGACGCCGAAGCGCUGCAGAAAGCUGAGGAAGCAGCGGAGGCAAGGGCAGGCGCAGAGGGGGAAGGCAAAGCGCCGCCAGAGGAGCCUGUGUGGGGCGCCGUGGUAAAGAGGACGACCGCGAAGGAGAGCGUCCGCCUGGCGACUGUCGACAACUUCCAGGGCGAAGAAAGCGACGUCGUAAUCAUCUCCCUAGUCCGGAACAACGAGAGAGGCUCCGUGGGGUUCGUCAAGGAGAAGAACCGCGCCAACGUGCUCCUGUCGCGCGCAAAGAAGGGGAUGUACCUCGUCGGAAACGCGGCGACCCUCGGCGCAAACCCGUCGGCCAAAAUGUGGCCCCAGGUCCUCAGGUUGAUAGCGGACGGCGAUGGAGUGGGGCCAGCGUUACCGGUCGUCUGCCAGAACCACCCCGAGACGAAGACGCUGAUUAAAGAAGCCAAAGACUUUCAGGAGCUGGUGGGCGACGGGGGCUGCUCGCUCAAGUGCGAGUUCCGGCUGCCGUGCGGCCACGACUGCCCGAGAAGGUGCCACGUGGACGACCCUCAGCACGUGUCCGUCCACUGCCCGAAGCCCUGCCUCCGGCUCCGCCAGGUCACGGAGUGCCCUCAUCAGCACCCGUGCCCUCGCCUCUGCGGCGACGAGUGCGGCCUCUGCCACGUGUCGCUCCCAGAAGUCCCGCUUCCCUGUGGACACGUGGCUAGGGGCGUGAGGUGCGCGGUUGCCCAAACCCCAGAAGCCAUUGACUGCCGCGAACUCGUCGCCGGAGCCAAAGUAGGUCAUUGUGGCCACGAUCUUCCCCCGAUCGCCUGCGCAGAAGUUCAGAAGCUGAAAACGGACCCCUCUCUGUGCCCGGCAAUUUGCGGCGCGUCGCUUGAGUGCGGCCACGAGUGCGGGGAGCCCUGCGGCAGGUGUUUGAACCGGACGCUCAGAAACCCCCAAACCCCGCGCGACGCUGACGCGCCGCUUCCCCAAAGGUCCAACCACGGGACGUGCAAGAAACCCUGCGGGCGCACGUUCGCCUGCGGACAUUUUUGCAAGCGCCUCUGCCACGCCGGGACAGAGUGCGGGCCCUGCCCCGAGACGUGCAUUGUCAAGUGCGCGCACAGCGCUUGUGGGCAAAAGUGCGCCACGCCCUGCGCGCCCUGUGCGGAGACCUGCCAGUGGGCGUGUUCACACCGCGGGGCAUGCACCGCCCCCUGCGGGGCGCCGUGCGACCGCCUACCCUGCGACGCGCGGUGUGAAAGGGCGCUCGACUGCGGGCAUCGGUGCCCCGGGCUGUGCGGGGAGGACUGCCCGGAGGGGCGGGUCGCCUGCCGGGAUUGCUCGGUGAAAAAUGACCACGUGGUCGACCUCGUCAUGAUGACGUCGCUGGGGGAGCACGACCCGGAGGAGGAGCCCCUCAUCACGCUCUCGUGCGGACAUCCUUACACCGUGUCCACCUUGGACGGGCACCUGGGAUUGGAGACGGUCUACGAGCGGAGUUCCGCAGGCGGAGCGGAAGCGGAACGCGGGGAGUGGCUUGGCGUGAAACCGCUGAGCGACAUGUUUCAGAACGUGAAGGGCUGCCCUGACUGCCGGGCGCCGAUCAGCGGCGUCAAGCGAUACGGCCGCAUCUCGAAGAAGGCGCUGGUCGACCAAGCGCAGCGGCAGUUCAUCCAGAACUCGCAGCGCCAGCUGGCCAACGUCUUCGACAGAGUCGGCACAGUGCGCGAGGAGGUGAAUGGGGUCGUGGCCCGCGGCGAGGCGCCGGCGCCUGCAACGUCGCAGGUUCUGUCUGCGCGUCUGGACCGGCUGUUUGCGGACUUCGAAACGAUCGCGCGAGAGUGCGCGAGGCCCCCCACGGUCAAAGUGUACGAGGCGACCCUGGCGAGCAUCAAGCGCGCGGCUAUGCACGAGGCGGAAGGGGGGAAUGAAGAAGGGCUGCUCUUGGCACGGGCGAAAGGGCUGGCCGUCCCACCUCCUGACGUCAGCGCCAGCUGCGAAGCCCUGAUUGGCCUAGGCGAGAUCGCCGAGCUUGCGAUGCGCUUAGCCGCGCACGCGGUUGUCCACCGGCCGACUGCGGGUCCUGGUCGGGGCAAGAUGGGCGACCCGAAAGACGAUGCAGAUCAGCGCUACAAGUCGGCCUUUCAGAGCGCCGCCAGUUACUUCUCGGGAGCGGCGCGCCUCGCGCGCGGCAGGAAGAACCAUUGGACCGAGGCACGCACGGACCUGGCGUCCGCGAGGCUGCUCGUGGCGUGGGUCAGGUGCACCGGGGCGAUCGUCGGGGCGGGAAGGAAGCCCGCGACGGACUUGGAGGGCCAGCUGGCAGCGCUGGCGGAGGCCCGGGAGCUCAGCGCGCGCGUCGCGGUCCACGAGAUGCGGUCCGUCUCCGAGAACGCGGCUUUGGGCGGCGCCGCGCGCGAGCUUCUUGAUGAGACGAUUCCGAAGUUGGUAGAGGCGGCAAGAGAGGGCUGGCGGGCGGAAGUUACGCUCGAAGAGAAGCGGGCGGUGAUGGAAGCGAUGGGGUUCAGGGCGAGGCACUGGUACGUUUGCCCCAACGGGCACCCGUAUGCCAUCGGAGAGUGUGGCGGGGCCAUGCAAGAGUCGGUUUGCUACGAGUGCGGCGCCCGGGUAGGAGGCCGAAAUCAUCAGCUUACAGCAGGCAAUCAAGCCUGGCAUGAAACGGCGGGGGUAGCUUGAGACCAUUUGGGUGGAGCCGCUUGUCAGGAUUACCUCCUUUGCUUGAACUCCUGGUGGACGGGUUAGGUUUUCCAAUUGACAUAAUGAGUUUUGAUACCAGUAGGGUCGUGUAAAAAACACAGAUACGCUCUUAUAUCAUGCUGUAGUGCACAUGCCAAUCUGAUAGAGUCGACGGUGUGCACCCACUUACGUACCCUUCGGUUAACAGUAGUAGUGGUAGUUUCCCGACUUACUUGGAAGUGCGUCCAGACCCAGUUUCAAGCAAAACUCCCGGCUCUUCAGUCGUUUCUGUAAAUAUAUUUAGCGGCCUAGGAUCUGGACCUUCAGAUUUGCCGUUUUUUUCCCCUAACGAUGUGGGAAUAGGCGGGCUAGCUUUGAAAAGGGAGUAGAGUUCAGUCAAAACUCAAGGACGGUCAACCCCCCUUUGCCGACGAUGAUCGACUGGAGAGAAGUAACGGAUCAGUUGCUCCAAAAUCAGAACUCCAGCAACCUUGGACCCUCAUGUUAAGCGUCUCGUGACACUUUUUUAGUUAAACGAAAUGGAAACCUGAAUUUUGUAUGCAAUCGAUCCGCUACUAGCUCC